UUCAGAUGCCAGAUAUGCCUGGCCUAUAUAACGUCCUCAGAAAUUGUCUCUUAGAUCUCAUGGCUAUACAACAUCACAAGGACCGCAUCUGUGAGGUGGCUGACAAGGCAAUAAACAAUGUCCCACUGGACAGUGAUGAGGAGACUAUACUGCAGGACACACUCAAUGAGUUAGAGACACAGGAAGAAUGUGUCGUCUUAUUUUAUAGAACAGAAUUCAGCCAGGAAGACAAGGAUCUGUUUCAAAGGUUUUUGCAAUUCGUAGACCUGAAUGAGCGGCUGGAGUACAUCACAGAAGGAAUCAACACGCUCUUAUGGCAUGCUACGGAAUGAGAGCUCCCUUGACAGAGGCACCAACUGAUAGUGUUACAAUUAUUUCAGUUAUAUGUUAAUGCAAGGUUUGUGUCAAUAACAUUCCAGUAUGUCACUUUAGUCAUUAUUUAUUAUAUGAAUUUAAAACAAUUUUGUAAUGA